AUGUACUGCAUCUUCUAUUUAAAGAAAUUGGGCCUAAGCAGAGGUAAAUCACUGGGAGGAAGUAGCAAUCUCAAUCUAAUGAUUUACCAAAGAGGAAAUCCAAAAGACUUUGAUAACUGGGCAAAUAUUACUGGAGAUGAGUCAUGGGAGUAUAAAAAUUUGUUGAAAUACUUUAAAAUGUCGGAAGAUUAUCACGGAAAUUUCCCAGAUCCAAAGUACCACGGAUUUGGGGGUCCACUCACCAUUAGUAAGCAGAGUUACGAACCUCUGGUCAAAGAAUGGAUCUCUGCAGCAGAGGAACUCGGUUUCAAUAUCUCCGACCCCAACGCGGAACAGACUUCGUCAUUUUCUCCCAUUGACACUACAACUAAAAUGGGACAGCGUGCCUCAACUUAUCACGCAUUUUUAAAGGAUAUUUUGACCAGAAAAAACUUAAAAAUUGUUCGCUACGCAAUGGUGGAUAAGAUUUUAAUGGUGGGAAAAAAUGCGGCUGGAGUUCUUUAUACGCGACAUGGAGAAAAGAUUGAGGUGCUCGCACGGAAGGAAAUUAUCCUCAGUGCAGGCGUUUUCGGUUCGUCAGCAAUUCUACAAAGAUCUGGAAUUGGUCCCAAAUAUUUGUUGGAAUCUUUAAAUAUUCCGAUGGUGCACGACCUUCCCGUCGUGGGGGAAGGGCUGCAAGAUCACAUUUUGACAGUAGUGGGACCAGUGCUCUUGAAUGAACCAGUCUCGGUAAUAAUCAAUAACGUAAUAAAUCCUGGAAGUAUCUUAGACUACGCACUUAACGGGCAAGGUCCUUUGACAUUUGGUAGCGUUUCUGGAGUUGGAUUUUUUAGUACGUCUCAACCAAAGGAUCCAAAUUGGCCGAAUAUUUGUGCAUUCUUUAGUCCACUGGGUGUGGGGACAUCAACUGCGCAAGAUGCUGCGCGAGUAUUGGCCCAGGAAUUUAAAUAUCUACAACGAUAUUAUAACGCUUUCAAGGGGCACCAUGCUGUCGAAGUAUUUUUAAAUUUAGCACGGCCUGAUAGCAGAGGUAGUGUCAAAAUCGACAGCACUGACCCUAACGUGCCACCAUUAAUUGAUCCAAAUUACUACAGUGAUAUUGAAGGCAAAGAUAUUCGAGCUAUGGUCGAAGGGUUUAAGGUUAUCGUUAAAUACUUCACAACUACGACGCCGUGGAUGAAGCUGGGAGCGAAUCCGACUCCAAAGCAUUUUCCAGGUUGCGAAAACUUCCGGCUUGGGUCAGACUCCUAUUAUGAGUGUCACCUUCGUCAUUACACGGCAUCCUCUUGGCAUAGUUGUUGCACAAAUCAGAUGGGACCGGAUAAUGAAAAAAUGGCCGUAGUGGACUCAAAUUUACGGGUACGAGGUGUACAGAAAAUUCGUGUUAUCGACGCUAGUAUCAUGCCUGUGAUUUCUAACGCUAAUUUAAACGCUCCUACGAUUAUGAUUGGGGAGAAAGGCGCAAGUUUGUUAAUUCAAGAAUGGCAAUAGUCAGAAUUAUUGAAUAUGUAAAUGAUGUAACUAUUUACCAUCAUAUCCUAAAUAUGACACAAGUACAAAAUUUUAUAUAAAAUUUUGAACAUGCACAUAUUUACAUACUUAUUUUAACACCAGUAGUCAUCUAUGUAUGCAGGCAUUCUAAUACACGCGUAUAAUAAACGUAUUCUAUAUCAUUGUAAGUUGAUAAAUAAUACAUAAACGCCAAUCGGUCAUUCAAUGUGUAAAAUAAAAAUGAACUCUAUGUAAUAAUCUUGUUAAACUUUGCCACACCAUGGUUGAGGAACACGGGAAUGCCACCAGGGUCGAAUGGAGACAUGCCUACACGGAUUAAAUUACAGCACAAAAUUUUGGUUUACACAUAUUGAUAAUGAA